AUGGCAAGUACAGUGACCGCGGCGCUAUCUCAUAGAUUCGGAGCCAACAUGAAAAAGAUGGAUGCUGUGAUUAGGAAAGCCAAAUCUUCAGCGGUGAUGUACCAUUAUCCUUGCCCUGAUGGUGCUUUUGCUGCUCUCGCUGCUCAUCUGUACUUUAAAGCUACUUCUCUCCCUGCUCUCUUCUUUCCCAACACUGUUUAUCGUCCCCUCAGAGCUGAAGAUCUUCCCCUGCAUGAAAUUAGUGAUCUUUACCUUCUGGAUUUCGUGGGGCCUUCGGGAUUUGUUCAGGAAGUCUCCGCCAAAGUUGGAACAGUAAUUAUUUUGGACCAUCACAAGACUGCGCUUGAGAAGUUAGGUAGUGAGAGCUCGGCUGAUAAGAAUGUGAUUAAAGUGAUUGAUAGGGAGAGGAGUGGGGCAACCAUUGCAUUUGAUUACUUUAAAAAGAAGCUUCUUAGUUCAGUUGCUGAUGCUAAACAUCAAUCGGUGCUAAAGCAAUUUGAGGGUGUCCGGCAACUUUAUGAUUACAUUGAAGAUGCAGACCUUUGGAGAUGGAAACUCCAAAACAGCAAGGCUUUCAACAGUGGUUUGAAAGACAUGAACAUAGAGUUUGACGCCCGUUUAAACCCUUCCUUGUUUGACCAGUUAUUGUCAUUGAAUGUUGACUCGGUAAUCAGUCAAGGCAUGGCGAGCUUAUCAUGCAAGCAAAAGUUGAUGGAUGAUUGUCUCAGCCAGUCAUACAGAAUCGCACUUGGUGGUGGUGCUUAUGGCUCGUGCUUGGCUGUAAAUGCAGAUGCUGCUCUUUCAGAGCUGAGAAGUGAAUUGGGACAUCAGUUAGCCUCUAAGAGCCAAAAUCUAAAGUUGAGGGCUAUUGGAGCUGUUGUAUAUAAAGUCCCAGAGAUUGGAAAUCAUAAUAUGCUGAAAAUAAGUCUAAGGAGUUUGGGCAAUGAAGAUACAACUCCCAUCUCUCAGGAAUUUGGAGGUGGGGGACACGGAAAUGCAAGCUCUUUCAUGUUAAGCUCUGAGCAAUUUGAGCAAUGGAAGGUGUGAUUAGAAUUCCAAAGUGCUUCCCAUAUGGAGAGAACAGAGUUUACACCACAUUUUCUCUUUGCUACUUCAAUCUGGAACUUUCACUUUGCAAAGCUAAGUGAUUGUUGAGGUGGCUCUCUGCAUGUGCAAUUUUUGAAUCUCCAUUGAGUCUCGUUGUUGUUGUUUAUUACGUCCUAGUACCAACAAAACACAAAUAUUCCUAUUUAGUCCCAGCAUUAUGAGAUAGGUUGAUGAGUCAGUUGUAAAUUAAGCAUGUUGAUGUGUUAACGGUAAGUUUCACUGAAAAGUUUCUUUUGUGGACUAAAUUUAUUUUUAGACUUUGUUUAGAUGAACAAGAAUGGAAUAAAAGGUGAAGGAAAAGAAAAUCUAACUUAUA